AUGACUAUUAACAAGGCUCAAGGCCAAACUCUUGACUAUGUUGGUAUAUAUUUGAAGGAACCUGUAUUUUCUCAUGGCCAAUUAUACGUUGCACUCUCUAGAGCAAAAACUGCUGAUGCAGUUAAAGUUCUCAUACUUCCAGGAACUUUUGCUGAAGUAAAAACUGACUGCAAAACAAGAAAUAUUGUGUUUGAUGAAAUAUUGCAGAUGUCCACUAUAUUAACUAUCAAUGAUAUUGAUGUCGGGAUGGAGAAGUGGACAGCAAAGAUCACUGUCCAGGAAAAACAGCAAGUUACCUCAUCACUUAGCACACCAACUAGGAAACAGAAAUUUAUCUUUAUUGAUUCUGAGGGCUCGAAGGUUGAAGGCAUCAUCUUCAAUGCUGAUAUUGCUAUAGUGAGCCCCAGAUUAGAGGUUUACAAAAAGUACCUUAUUUCAAAUGCUCAGGUGAAAAGGAUCCCUGAUACCUUCAGAACCACCGAUUUAGCAAAGCAGUGGAUAAUCACCAGUCGAACACUUAUUGAAGAAAUUGUAGACGAUGACGAUGUUAUGGCUGCAAAGUUUACAUAUACCAGCUUUAGGGACUUGGCACAGUACAUGGACCGCAAGGACAUUUCUGUUGAUAUUAUGGGAAUUGUUAUUGCUGCGAUGGAUGAAAAAAUGGUCAUGAUUAAUUCAAAGGAAGCAAGGGUCCAGAAAAUUGUCAUUGUUAAUGAAGAGUUGCAGACCCUUAUGCUAUCUUUGUGGAAUGCUUUUAUCGACAAUGAAGGCUCCAAGAUUAUUUCAGACAUUCAGACCUAUCCUGUUCUAAUUGGUAGAAGGCUCAAGGUUCAAAAUUAUAAUGGUGCGAAGCAAGGGAACUCAAGAACUGGUUCUGCUCUUAUACUUUUCAAUACUGGUUGCCUGGCAAGUAGAAAUGCCAAGUACCUUGCAUACAUUGUUGAAAAGAGAACAUACAAUCGAUACAAUCCUGAUAUCUCUUGCCAAGCAGAUCAAAAAAUUACUGAUAUAUCAAAUAUCAGCUCAAAACACAAGAAUGUCUGGGUGAAAGCAUCUAUCUCAUUUGAACACAUCUUCCAAAAAUUUUGGUACAUGGGGUGUGAAAAAUGCUUCCGUUCCACUUCUGCGGAUUAUGGUGUCUUGUUCAUGUGCAAUACUUGUAAACAAAAGCACAAGGCUGAACCAAGGUGCAAAUUUGAUGUUGACCUCUCUGAUGACACUGGAACUGUCACAGCCACACUAUUUGGUGAUUUAGCUGAGAAACUGCUCUCCUUCACAGCAAAAGAAGCAAUGGACCAUUAUUUUCAGAAUAUGGUGUUGUCGCUUGAAACUCUGCACGAGGACCUCAGAUUGAAAAAAUUCCUUGCGUACAUUAGGCCUGUGCAAGUUCCCUUGGCUGAUGCAAAGCAGCGCUUCACAGUGAUAUACUAUAAAGAAGGUUCUCAUGAACACAUUUCUGUUACAGACUCCAGUGAACAGGCCUUCAUUUGUCCUUCAUCAGGUGGAACGUCUUCUUCCAAAGCUAAAGUUUGCCUUCUUCAAAAAUUUGACGCAUCUGAUGAAAGCGGACAAUUCAAUUCUGAAUCUCUUCAGGCCAGCCCCAGGAAAAAAACCAGACAAGUUUAG